AUGUCACUUCCAUCAGAUACCAACUUAAUCAACAACCGUGCAAGCGCUAUGACUCAGUUAUUUGAAUCCUUAGACGUCCACGAGAGAAUCAAAGCAUUUGCCACAAGAUUAAGAAGAGACGUUGCUGGUAAUCAAACUUUGCAAGAUGUUGCUAAUGCUUACAAAAGUGCGACAAGGAAUCACUCACAAAGAAGAGAACCAGUUGGCGACCUAUUAUGCAAGCAGUAUCACACUUCGUACACGGCACUCAAUCGAAAUCAAAAGUCAACAGUUGUUAAGAUUGUCGAGGAAAUGACCAAGUUUUUUGAUUUGGAUAAACCAGCAAUGACGGAAACAAUUGACUACAAAAUGCAAGUUGUCUUACGUUCAGUCAUACUGGACUUAUACUUCUAUGCAAGAUGUCUUUGGGAUGGAGACAUACAGUUCAAUAACUCACUUGGAAAUUUGAUCACCAUUUCACUUGUUCUUUUCUUCCCCCAUACCACCGUCCAUGUGGACAGUAAGUGUGGACUUUCCGUCCUGGAAUUGAAUACCAAGGUAUUUAACAACUUUAAUGUUAAGGUUGUCGACGCGAACCCGAGUUUUGAACCAGAGCAGUUAAAGGUAAUCAAAUUACGAGCUUUCUGUCGGGAAUCACUAAUGCUCGACCCGUUUCGUAUUCCAAGUGCCGACAAAGUGGCAUGCAUGGAACAACCAUGGACAGCAGAUCUUGUAACGGAGUUCAUCUUACCCAUUCUUCAAUUUACAGGAACUCAAUUGGACCCUCAAUCUGACACGGAGUUGUAUCAAGAACAUCGUCUUGUUGUAAAGCAAUUCGAGACAAGGUAUGGGAAAAUACCAGAUUUAUGCAUCUUGAAGAAAGUGUUGAAAAAUGGGAAUGAAGAUCUUGUGGAGGAGAAGAAGGAGGAGGAGGAGAUUGUUUGGGUUGGCGAGGCAAAGUUGGCUCCGCUUGAGUUGUUUUAUGAACUGGGCCACGUUGGGCAAGAACUUGUGUUGAAACAGCUUAUUGCAUCUAAAUUCCUUGCUAAACUCAAUUACUCGUUUUUGUUCACCACAAAAACAAUUGCCAAAAUUGAAAUACUUGGUGUUGAUAAAGACCAAGACGUGGAGUUGAAGGUGACAAACUACUUGCAACCAGGGAGCACGUUGAACCCCCUACAGUGUUUUCUUUUGGAAAGUAUANUUGAAGGUGACAAACUACUUGCAACCAGAGAGCACCUAUACACUCAGUUGAUGAAGGUUUUAUUGAACAUAAACACCGCAAAGCUGGCCUCAGCUGGUGAACAGUCAGCAAAUUCAAGUGGAUCCAAAUCUGAUUAUGACAACAGGCCAAGCAGGAAGUACAAACACACGGAAGCUAANGCAAAUUCAAGUGGCUCCAAAUCUGAUUAUGACAACAGGCCAAGCAGGAAGUACAAACACACGGAAGCUAAAGGAGCACAUCCUGGAGGGGACGGCUCGAUACCCACUGGAAAAGUUUCCGACAACCACCGAACAGCGCAUAAGAAAAGUUCAAAUAGAAAGGAUAAAAAGUCUCAGCUGCUCCAAACAUUUGCAAAGUUUAACAAGUUGUCUGACGCGCCUGAUGGAAAAGAAUCUGGCAAAGACACAGCUUGUGAACCCAACCGUACUGAAGUCGGAAUAGGCGAGACCAAAGAUAUUGAAGGUAGUGGUGGUGAACGUAAAACUGACAAAGAUAAAGGCACAGAAAUUGAAAUUGAUAAAGACAAAGCGGGCAAGCCUAAAGAGCGUGAAGUUGAAGCCGAUUCUGGUGAAAAUAAUGCUACUUUUGAACAAACGGAGGGUAGCAUCGAUUAUUCUGAAGACGAAGGACUUGGUACAUUGCCAACCAAUUUUAGGGAGAAGUUGAAGCUUUGGAAUAAGCUUUUUCAUCCACGUCGACAUCCACGUCCAAUAUCGCGUCCAGAGUCACGUUCACGGGGGUUCCUUACCCUACCGCGCAAUUGGAUUUCGCGGAGGGAUUGA